AUGGCUGAAAGAAUCGCAAAAGCUUAUAAAGUGCUCAAAGAAGAAUCUGUUGCAUUGUACCUUGGUGGUUCUGUACCUGAAAUUGGUUUUAUAGAGCCUCUGCGGUUUUACCGAGAGUAUGCAGCGAAGAAUAUUCCCGUAGUAUUAAGAAGAGGUUGUGCUAACUGGCCAGCAACUUUGAAAUGGAAUAUCAAAUAUUUUCGGGAAAAGUUUUCACACAAAAAAGUUUCAGUGGCUGUGACACCAAAUGGCUUAGCAGAUGGAAUAACUAAAGAUCAGCAUGGAGUUGAGCAUUUUGUCACACCAUGUGAAGUAGAGAUGACUAUGGGAGACUUUCUGACAAUGCUGGAAAACAAAAGCGAAAAUUUAAUACCGUAUAUACAGCGCCAGAAUUCUAAUUUAACUGAAGACUUCCCAGAGCUGAUUCGAGAUGUGGAGACAGAUAUACCUUUUGCGAGUGAGGCAUUCAAUAAGAAACCGGAUGCAGUAAAUUUUUGGAUGGGAGAUGAGCGAGCUGUUACAUCGAUGCACAAGGACCCAUAUGAGAACAUCUACUGUGUGAUUGAUGGCUACAAAGACUUUAUCCUUAUCCCCCCAACCGAUUUACCAUAUGUGCCGUACAAGCGAUACCCACAAGCCGAAUUCAAGAAAACUGGGGAUACGUGGCAUGUCCAACCUAUUACUACGGUCAGAGAUUGCGACUCCAUGGAAAAUAGUGAUGGUGAGGCCACUAGAGAUCGCGGCAUAGAAGCACCACAAAUGCUUCCCUGGAUUUGUAUUGAUCCUUUAAAACCGGAUUUAGCUAAAUACCCGGAAUUUAGCAAGGCACAUCAAUAUAGAGUUCGUCUGAAUAAAGAUCAUGAUGAUGAACUCAAUACAAUUGUAGAUACUGAACUUCUACCUUCUUAUAAUUGGUGA